ACCAAAAUGGCGUCCGACGUUCGAGUCAGUGUGGAAGCCUUGCAGGAAAAUCAAGUUCAAGAGGUGUCCCUGGACGGACAGGAGACUUACGUACAACCGCUGUCUAUGUCGGAGAACCUGUCCAAGUUGGCCCACAGGAUCGACUUCUCUCAGGAGGACUCAGAUGUGGACAUCCAGCUGGAGGCAGGGGAGGAGGAAGAGGAGGAGGAGGAGAGGAAGAAACAAGAAGCCCACUGGCCAUGGGAGUCUAUCAGAGACAAGCUGAGGACAUCCCUGGUGGAGACCAAUGUACUUCUGGAUGUCCUGAAAAUUGCCAAGGACAAGAAGUACAUGGUUUUAGAUCCAGUGUCACAGGAGCCGCAACCUCCCAAACCAGUCCUACAGUAUGUGGCCAAGAAAGAGAGCCUGUCAGGGGCAGCAGAUAUCCUACAGAAAGGAGCUGACCGUCUGGCCAAGUCUCAGGCAGAGUUCAGCGGUGGCAGCCGUGGGCAGGGCGACUUUCACAGGGAGCUCCUAAAACUCAGGCAGUACUGGAGGCUGCGAAGGGCAGGCAAUAAUAUUUUAGGGGACCUCAGCUUCAAGUCAGCUGGUUCCCACUACUGGCACUCAGGAGUGUUUGAGGUGGUGAAGACAACAGAGGAAGACUUGACUCCAGGGAGCAGUCCUCUGGAGGUUCGCAUCCCAAGUGACCUGGAGGGCAAUGCCUACAUACAGGUGGUCAUAGAGGACCAGCUAGAAACCAUUAUUGCUGUAAAGGCCGCCCUGUUACCCAACAGUCGGCGGGAAGCCGCCCCCGGUGAGCCUCCAUGGAACGUCAAACUGGAGGCUGCACAGAACGUCUUAUUCUGCAAGGAGCUGUUUGCACAGCUGGCUCGGGAAGCUGUGCAGAUGAAGUCCACCAUCCCCCACCUUGUAGUAGGGAACCAGAUCACUUCACAGAUCUUCCCUGGAGUACAGCUGAGCAUUGCUCUGUGCCACAAUACUGUGGAAGAGGAGUCAAAGGAUGAGGGAGUCUCCCCCCAAAGAUGUCAACACAACCACGUGUUGGAGCACGCCCUGCACCAGAUGUUACGUGAGGUCCACCGGGGGAACCUGAACCCGGCCCUGCCCCACCCCGUGACUGCACCGUUCAGCAGCAGUAAGAAGCGUCGGCUGGCCGGGCCACAGGGGAUGGACAGGAAACAGUGCACACAGCUGCAGGAGAGCGAGGGGCUGCUGGAGAGGCUGGAGAAACAGGCCAAACACACCCUUCUCAGGGCCAGAAUAUUGGACAUGGUUGACAAGUUGGCCCAGGAGGUGAAUGACCCCUGUCUGCAGGCCCAUGUCAGCAGUAUCGGCACCAGUACUGAGUCUUCUGUUCGCAUCAUCAUCACAUCUCCAGGAUAUGAGCAGAUCUGCAAAACCAUGCUGCAUGUCAACAUAGGCGUGGAAGACGUCAAAGUCGUUUCGAAGGAUGGCAAGGUCAUCACCUUGUCCUAUGAUGAGCAUGAACUGAGAGACCUUCUGCUUCACCAGGCUUGUCAGCAUCAAGUCAACACAGUCCAGUCCCUCAGUAAAAUGAUGGGGUGGCAGAUUCUGCACCUGAGUAACCAUGUAGGGACAGGACCUGUGGAGAAACUGGGCAAUGCCUCGGGCAUCAUGAUGGCUUCUCCCAAGGGAGAUAGGGUGAUCUCAGUUCGGAACAGCCCGUCUCUGGGGCCGCUUGUCUCGGUACAGCUGACGCGACAGAAGGGGUGCGAGACGUGGAGGAGCGAUGUCAUCAAGGACACCAAAUGGGACCAGGUCGGGGGCAGCUUCAAACCAGUCCAGUGGGACAAGGCCAAGGGCAGGAACUUUGUCAACAAAAUAGAGCUGCUGAUGGGGUGUUUAACAUGAUAAUAUUUGUCUCUGGACAGCUCAUACCCUCCUCAUGUAGUGUGUCUUGUUAUAUAACUGUCAUUUGUACUUUGUAUAUAAGACUAGACCAAUUUCAUAUCUCAGUUCAUAUCUCAAUUCUUAGGUUUUAAUGAAAUAGAAAUAGAAAGAAAGAAAAUCGUGUGUAUCAUCCAGGCUUAUGAAUCAACCCCAACAUGCUCAUAUUUUGAAGCUAACAGCGGGAGAAAAUCCUUCUCUUUGUUCCAAUUUUUCCAUCUAUCUGUGUAUUAAAAGUUGUUGUAGCAUUUGGGCCUUUACAAGAUGUCUGUUUCCUUGUUGAUUCCACCCCUCCCACUCCACUAACUUGCAAAAAUCUGAGAACCAAAUAAAAUUCAAUGGGUGUUACCUAAGCAAAAAAGAUAUUCAAACUAACAGCCAAAAAUAUCCUUUUUUUAUAUUUCAUUUAUUACAUGUAGUAAACAUUGCUUUUGUAAUGCCAGCUACAAGUGCUUUUCAAAAACCAUGUGAGCAGCUAAUAAUACAUCUUGUGUUCAAGUGUAACAUAGUAGUAUUUACUAUCAGUCAUGGUGUUGCCAGUCAUGUAUUUUACAGGGCAGAAAAGCCUUUUCUGUGUCACUGGG